AUGGGUGACUUGGGAUCUGAUGAGGUUGUGACAUGGCCUGACAUAAGUUUACCAGUUAAGUCCAAUGAAUCCUAUGGUGACAACCUAACUGACGUCAAUGAAACCUGCACCAACCUUUACUGCAUUCCUGACGACGACUACAUUGAAAUGAUCGAAGAAUAUAUCUUUCCAACACCAUACGAAUGGGUUUUGGUUUCGCUUCACAUGAUGGUGUUUCUCGUUGGAUUGGUAGGGAAUGCUCUAGUCUGUCUCUCUGUAUACAGAAAUCUCUCCAUGAGGACGGUUACCAAUUACUUCAUCGUCAAUUUGGCCUUUGCGGAUUUUCUUGUUAUUAUCAUAUGUCUACCGCCUACUGUGCUGUGGGACGUUACAGAGACAUGGUUCUUUGGGGCGGUGCUCUGUAAAUUGGUGGUCUAUUUACAGAGCGUGUCUGUGUCAGUCUCUGUCCUAACCCUUACUUUCAUUUCAUUGGACCGGUGGUAUGCCAUCUGUUAUCCUCUUCGCUUUAAAAGUACCACAGCACGUGCUAAAACAGUGAUUCUUCUUAUCUGGCUCGGUUCCUUUCUUCUGAUGCUCCCUGACGCCAUUGUUCUGGACAUACGACCCAAUCCUAAUUUACACGUGGACACGCACUAUCUGAUGGAUUGCACGUACACGUGGGAUGAAGCUUACACAUGUAUCUAUCAAUUGUGCAUCGUUUCCAUGCUUUACGUAGCUCCAGUUUUGUUGAUGACCGUGACUUAUUUUCAGAUUGCUCGAGUACUCUGGGUCAAGGACGUUCCAGGUUCUACAGACAACCAUCCAGCAAAUCUUUCAUGUAGGAACUUUGCUCUUUAG